GCCUCACCACCAGAUCGUGAGCGUUUGGCACUGUAAUAAUUGCUGCGCAGUGGCUACUCUGGCUGAGCGAUGGUUUCCACGCAGGUUCACCGCUUUCAACGUCGCAUCGCCGACUUGCAAACUCAUCACGAAUUGUCACUAAAACGCUACAAGACAGCCAGGCAAAAUUACACCUCUUUUAGUCGAGAUGUUUUAAAUUCCUUGGUUGCACAUCUUGCUGAAACCGAGAAAAAUGCGAAGAACUCGAAGCGCGUUGCGAAGCCGCGUGCAUCCCAUUCCCAGGUACCCAAGCACAGUCGUCCCCACUACCUACCAUGUACCGUCCCCAACUACAGUCCAUAUGGGAAUGAUCCGGUGUCUAACUGUCGAGAUGAAAAAUUCACCGCAUAUGACGGAUUACCAGCAACCAUGGUGGAUCAGAGUGCUAAGAACUUCAGCAGUUACGCUUGCCCAGUGAACGAGCGGGUUUGCUUGGGUUCUGCGCGACGCGAUGAACCUGUUUUUCCUCCUCCUACGUUUUUCGAACACAAUGAUUGUUUUAUUCCGGAGGCUCAUCACGCUCAAAACACUUGUGCAUGCACUGAUUUUCACCAGCUGGAUAAUUACAGUUCAACGAACCUUAAUUCUACCCAUGAAUUUCACCCAAACUCGAUGUAUUCAACGUCUCGCGUUUAUUCCGGUCAUUUUCUCCCUCAUUGCUCCUCUUCAACUCAGUUCGAUCACUCAUAUCAGACACCUACCCUUGCUUAUUCCAUGCCUGCUUGGUACCAAAACAAAGAUUCCGGGACUACCUUCACCUUGGGCUCUUGUUUGACCGAGAAGGAUAUGUCUACCUCCGAAUUGAUUGCCUACAGGAGUUCUCACUCAACCAACGAUGUCGAUGAUAUCCAUCCACCGGCGGUCGAGAUGUUGGGUCCUUCACCUAGUGCCUUACGAGUGUUUCCCGGACUCGCUUGCUCCAGUCACUCGAGGAUCAAUCCAAUUUUGGCUUCAACUUACCCAGCGUUUUCCAAUCAUUACAUCGAUAGUAUUUAUAAGCCUCUACCCAAUUUACCACUGCAGUUUACUCAAACUAAUUCUGACACCCUCUCCGGAAGCAAUCUGGGUCGUCUGUCCCAGUCAGCUGACUUUGCUUACACUUAGUUUAUUUUCAAGUGGGCCAUGUACAGUGUGUAAAGCUAUACCGCUUAUGUUGAUUUUUGUGCAAUUCUCUUGUGAUAUCCCGUGUUUAUUCUGAUCACCCUUACCAGUGCCUCAGUUGCUUGAAUCGUAUCUUUCCCCUUUAUUUUAGGUGCAGUCUGUUUCCGAUGGCACUUGCAUACAUCUUUUCAAGUUUUUA